AUGUCAAUUGAGACUCGCUUUGAGUCUGAGUUAAGGGAAUUCCUUCCAAAAUUUAAAGAACCAUUUGGUCUCGUGCACAUAAGAACAAAUCCUCGAAAAUGCCGACGUUUAGUGUACCUGCCCAAAAAGCAGUCCCGUUCCGUCCCACUAGAUGCCUCCUCAACCCAUUUUUUUGUGUUAUCCUAUAAAAAUAUCGAUUUUUUUGCAUUGGAGAUUAUUAUAUAUGAAUCACCAAACUCCAUGACGUUAUUUGUUUCUAAAGCUGAUACAAAUGGACACUACUAUGAAUUGGAAGCUGGCGCGAGUCUAUCAGUAUUGGAUAUUACAACAGGACUAUUACGAGGACUCUUACAUCAUUAUAUCAAACCAUCCAAACUUUUACGCAUAUGCCUGUUCGCUAAAUCUGAAGGGCAGUAUCUAUUCCCACUUUCUAGUGAAAAUCCAAAUAAGCAUGUUCUGCCGGAUGGCGAGCUCGUCAAAUGGUGGUUAAAGGUCCUGAAUAAAUUGAGCGGUGAAUUUGAACAGAUAUCUAGAGCUACGCUUCAGAUUCCUGGAUCUGAUAAAUCAGCAAUUGAAGCAUUUUUCCCAAAAGUCACAGGCAAUGGGGGGCUGCCAUGGACUGUGGGUGAUAUUUUUAGAGACGAGAGUGAUCUCAAACGAAAAAGGCAGAGGGGUGCUGUUUAUUAUAUACCCAGAUUCCCAGACGACCCGAAAGGUCGCUUUCUCGAUUAUCUAGUACUUGAAAAGCGCGCACAGACAACUUCUCUGGACCAAUUUAUCCUGGAGUUACAAUCUCGACAGGAAUUCAGAUUGGGAAGCGUAGUCGGAAUUAUUGGGGUAGAAGGAUUUAUUAAAGAAAACAGUGAUGCCUACAACUUAGCAGUUUCAUCUCCACACUCUGUAUCUUAUAAAGAAUUCGUACAGCUUAAAGAUGUUCUUAUGAACCUGAGCUUUGCAACGAGAGAGUUUGCCGAGUCGGCAUCAGAGGAAUUUUCUGACAGAGUGCCUGAAUUUGCUAAACUUAAGAUUUUCGGAGCUAAAGAAGCUAAAAUAAAAGAUAAGAAAACGGCAACUACCUCCGCUCCUGUCAAUGUUUUAGGUGGUAUGUUGAUUCGAAAAAAACCUAAGAAAUAA